UUUCAACCAAUGAGAACUAUGCUUUUGUGCCCGCCGCCAAGCUCGUAGUGGCUUUACCUGCACGAAAUAGCUCAUCUUCAAAAACACCCCCAAGUGUUGUGGUAGUUAUAAACAAUUCACAAAUAGUAAAAAACAAAACGCGAUAUUCGAGGGAACUUCGAGCGUUAUUUUAACCAAAUUUAUUGUGCACCGGGUUCUCGUAUUUUGAAUCUGAAAUAUCGCCUAGUUACAGUCGCCAUUUUUGUUGGACUUCGAUGAAGUAGUAUACCACAGUAAAUUAAUUUUAGCCCGGGUAAUUUUCAGUGUUCAACGAUUUUCGAAAUAAUGCUUUAAAAGAAACAUCCGCGAUUGUUUUACUUUCGUUUUGUGAUUCUUAGGUGUGAAAAUGACCCAACAAAACAGUACAACCAACUGGGUGAUUCAAGGAUCAAAUGGACAACCACAGAUGAUAAAGGUUGUCCAACCAAGUGGAAAACCCAUAAGUGGCAUCGUCACAUCAGUAGCUGGACAGCCGGUAAAGAUUUUCAAGUCACCGAACAGCCAGGAUUCUGUUCAGGUGUAUGGUACAACAGGCUCAUCACAAAUAAUAAGGACAAUAGCAACGACUCCAAAAUUCGUAACGACAAAAGGUAGUGCACUUCAGGUCAGCGGAAUACCAAAAGGUGCAAAGACUAUUCGUUUGACUCCGACCCAAGUGCAAAAUAUAAAAUUUGUAACGCAAAAUAAUCAGAAAGUGCAAAUUAACCAAAAUACAACGGCAAUACCUAUCGUACAACAAACUCAUACAGUACAGAACCAAAAUAAAAAUAAUUCACCUCCAAUUCUUCAGAGAAAGAGAGCCGAUCCAAUAGAGGUGGAUUUUGUACAAGAUUCGAAACGUAGCAGAAAAUCCGAGAAAGUUGGUAAAGGGCUUCGCCACUUUUCAAUGAAAGUGUGUGAGAAAGUGCGGAAAAAAGGUAAAACCACUUACAAUGAAGUAGCUGAUGAACUAGUGGGCGAGUUCACGAGUGCGUCCAGCAAUAACUCUUUAGCAGAUCAGCAGUAUGACCAAAAAAAUAUCAGAAGACGGGUUUAUGAUGCCUUAAAUGUAUUAAUGGCUAUGAAUAUAAUUUCGAAAGAAAAAAAAGAAAUUCGGUGGAUUGGUUUGCCAACAAAUUCGCUCCAAGAGUGCAUGCAGUUGGAGAGAGAAAAACUCAAAAAAAUUGCCACCAUAAAAGAAAAGAAGAAGCAAUUGCAAGAAUUAAUUUUAAAUCAGAUCUCAUUUAAAAAUUUGGCUCAGAGAAACAGAGAGUUGGAAGAAAUAAACGGACCACCAGCUCCCAGUUCGUAUAUUCAGUUGCCUUUUCUUAUUAUAAGCACAAAUAAAAAGACUGAGAUCGACUGUAGUAUCUCAAAUGAUAAAAAAGAAUAUAUUUUUAAAUUCAAUGACAAAUUUGAAAUCAAAGAUGACGUUGAAAUAUUGAAAUCAAUUGGAAUGUUGAUGGGUCUAGAUAACGGAAAGUGUACGCCAGAAAAUUUGGAAAAAAUAAAAAAAAUGGUGCCCAAAUCGCUAGAGAAUUACGUAGAUCAACUGGCAUUUGGUGCAUCAGAUGAAACAGACAAAUUAUUGGAAACUGAUACUCCUUGUACAAGUAGCAUGUUGACAACUGAAGAUUUUGUAGAAACCACUUUGGAUGAAGAAAAUUCACAUCAAUCUUCGAGUGAUCCUCUGUCGCCCGGCGCUCCAGAUUUUAGUGACGAAGAAGGAGAUUCUGAUAUGUCAAGUGAUAUUGAGUUGAACUAGUGUUUUUUUUUUCUACUGUGUAUCAAUGUCUGUCCAUGUGAUUGCAGUAAAAGACGGUUGGAUUUCUUUAUUUUUAGUGAUGUACAUUUACAUUUUAAGUACUAAAAUUUACUUGAAAGCUUAUUUCUUCUAUUAAAUAGGUGAGUCAAUUUUACAAGACGUUUUGUAUAUUGGUUCAAAGAUUUUCACACAUUUUAAAAAUAUCUGUAUAUAAGUAUCAACUUUGUAUAAAUUUUUGCUUUUUGUUUGCAAAUAAAUUUGCACCUGUGAUAACAAGUGCUUGUAAUUUAAAUGUGUUUAAAAGGAAUGGUCAAAUUUUUGUAGUGGACCAAUAUUUUUUGAUUAGAGUAUUCCAAAAAAGAUUAAGAAGUUUACUAUUCUUUGAAGUUAUGUUUUAAUAUUUAAUUUUUUUUUAAGGUUUUGUAAAUGUUGAAGUACUGAAGGCCAAUUAAAUUUU